CUUGUAGUAGUUUUUAAAUACCAACCAUGUGGCCCCUGCUGCCAUAGAACUGUUGCUGUAUCAUAUUUUACUUAAUGUAUGGCACGAUGGAUUAUGUGAUGACUUUGUAUGAAGAACGCUUUUUCAGUGCACUUCUGCAGGAUUUUCGUGUACAGAGAUGAGAUGUUGAGUCCAUUUUCCCAGGAAGCAAUUUUAUUCGUGGCAGCACUGACUCAGUGAAUUGGGAUUCGUAUGCAAAGGUUGAGUGCUGAACAUGGAUAGUUGCACCUUCUUCUACAAAUGAUUUAUUUUACUUAAUUGAAAUGCUGUCUUUCUUAAGUAGUGAUUACAACAUCUAAUGAUUAUUGUUAUUUGUUCUAGAAAUAGUGCUAAAUAUUUUGUAUGGAUUCUUAUUUAACCAACACAGUAAUAUACUGUGAGAUAACUUCAUUCAUCAUUUUGUAGGUGAGAAAGUUGAGGCAUAGAAAGGCUCAAAGAUAGCUAGAAAGUAAGAACUUAAAUGAAAUAUUAAAUCCAAGUUGAGCUCAAUCCAAAACUUGGUCUUUCUGUAACAGUACGCUGCUCUGGGAUGGGGAGGCUGUUGUGGCUCAGUGUAGAGCUCUUGCUUAGUGUGGGCAAGACCCUGGCUCCCAUCCGUGCACCACACACACAAACACAAAAUCACCUGGCUGCACUUCCAUGAACUGGACUGCUUUGCAUUUUGCCUGUGUCUGUGGCCAUCCCGAAGUGGUGACUCUCCUGGUGGAGCAUAAAUGUGACAUCGACACCCGUGAUAGGGAAAACAGUACUGCCCUGAUUAAGGCUGUACAAUACCACCAGGAAGAGUGUGCAUCUAUCCUCUUGGAGCACGGUGCCAAUCCGAAUGUUGCAGAUGCCAGCGGCAACACUGCUCUCCACUGUCUAUUGGGAAAACUCAUCAAUAGCGGCAAAACUGCUUUCACACCAUGCAGUUGCUGAGGCCAAAA